GUUUCCGGUUCAAGAUUUUGUUCGUUAUAUAGAUCCGCAGGAACAACGAGCAAAUAGUCCAAGUAGACCUCUUUAUCGUUUUGUUGCUGGAAAUUUGAAAAAAAAAUGUUAGUUGCCGUUGUCGAAGGAUAGUAAAUGUCAUUCAUUAAAAUUUGCUUCUAAUAGAAAGCCAGUUUAAUCAUCGCCAUCCUUGGAUAAAAUAUUUUAUACAAGAUGACGACUGGAAUGCCCGAGCUGGGCUCCAAAAUUAGCCUAAUAUCGAAGGCAGAUAUUCGUUAUGAAGGACGUUUAUUUACAGUUGAUCCUCAAGAAUGUACAAUAGCUUUGGCGUCCGUUCGUUCUUUUGGUACAGAAGACAGAGAAACUCAAUACCCUGUACCAGCACAAAACCAAGUGUAUGACUACAUCCUUUUCCGUGGUACAGAUAUAAAAGACAUUCGUGUAAUAAACAAUGUCAGUCACCCACAGCCUCUUAAUGAUCCAGCUAUCAUGCAACUCUCUGUUCCUCCUACAUUGGGUGGCCAGACAUUUCAAAGUCAUCCAGUUUUGGGUCCCAUGGGACCUCAAAUGGGACAGUUUGGUGGAGCUUAUGGUGGUAUGGGUGCAAUAGGAACAAUAGGUACUGGAGCAAUUGGAACUUCACUGGGUAUGCAGAGUUCUUCGAGAAGUUUGAGCAACUCGAAGCCAACUUCUGUUCUAGAUCUAAUUGGUGGAUCAAGAAGUACAACACCGGCUAGUUUGAGCUCUAGAAAAUCACCGACCAUCGAUCAGGGUGUUCAAGCUGGUGGAUCCAGUCAUAAUGAGAAGAAAGUCGUGAAACCAAUCCAACCUCCAAAUCAGAAAAACCAAAGGAGAUCAAAUGAAAAUAGAGAUACUAGGGGUGAUAGAGGUGACCACCAGCAACAAUCUCGGCCGUCUGGAGGAAGACCUCAACAGUACAAUGCCCAGCAUAAUUACCAACAUCAACAAUCUUAUUCGAAUCAGGGAUACCAACAAAAUCAGAAUCACAGAGGCAAUUGGGUGAAUAAUAGAGGUCCAAUGAGAAUGAGAGGUAGAACCAGGGGUACUGGAUACAGAAAUAAUCCAUCUGGUAAUGCUACAAGACCUAGGAAUACCUUGAAAUUUGAGAAUGAUUAUGAUUUUGAACAAGCAAAUACGGAAUUUGAAGAAUUAAGAAGUCAACUAGGAAAGGUAAAAAUAGAUGAAGCCGGAAGCGUUAGUGCGAAAAGCAGCGACGUUAACGGAGAUGUGGACAAAAAAGACGAUUCUGGAAAUGAAACAGGCGCUGGAGAAGCCGAACAAGAUGAAGAACAUGAAGUUUAUUAUGACAAGAGUAAGUCUUUCUUUGACAAAAUAUCUUGCGAAGCUGUCGAAAGAGCCAAAGGCAAAUCGCAAAGGACCGAUUGGCGAGUUGAGCGCAAAUUAAAUUCUGAAACAUUCGGAGUAGCAGCUGCAAGAAGAGGAAGUUACAGGGGUCGUGGUGGAUUUAGAGGAAUGGGUUACCGAGGUGGUUACCGCCCUAAUUACCGACAACAAUCUCAACAGAAUAAUCAACAACGCCGCGCAGCCGGGCCAAGUAAUGAGAACGUACAAUCAUCACAACAAAUCUCACAACAACAACAAGGUAAUCGAUCAGAUCAAAUUGAAAAACCACAACCACAGGAGAAUAUUCAUAAUGAUACAGAUUCUGUCAAAAAGAUCGUUAUGCAGGCUAUCGAUUUGCCUCCGGAGUGUUCACAGGCUCAGGCUAAAAGUAGUGACAGUAUCGGGAAUGUACCCGAACCUGCCAUGGCAGUGAAAUAGAAGAUCUGACAAGGCACACCUGACACUAGAUUGAAAAAAAGUACACAAUAAAAGUGUUUUAGUUAUAAACAAAAUACAACAAUCUGUGAUGGAGUGAGUUUGUAAUAUUAGAGAAUGUUUUUGUUAGAAUUACAAGUAUUACCAUGUUUUAUUCUACAAAAUUAUCUCUCGGCUAAAUUUUGUUAAGGUUGCGGGCACAGCCCUCCCGCAUUAUUUGUGUUUCCAACAAAAACUAGCUAAAUGGAGAACUUUAGUCCUGGUGUCAGUAUUAUGAUCUAUAAUUUUUGUCACGUUAUAACUAAAACAUAUUUAUAUCAAAAGAAUGGCUAAAUAAGAUGCGUUUUGAUGUUGGCUCUAACAGUUAUCGUGAUUGAAAUUAGGGAUAGUUGUGAAAGAAAGAAAAAUUAGGAGGAAACAAAAAUUAAUGGCACCAAUUAAACCCUACCAUAUUUUGUGAUGAUUUUGGUCCAUUUUAUUUUUUUUUUCUUAAAUUGUGAAAGAAUUAAAUAUAUAUACUUAUUAUUGACACUAUAUUUACUUUUCACAGAAGGUCUCAAAAAAUCUGUAGUUUGAUUUAAGAAAAUCCUGUAAAAUUAUACCCAAAUCGAACAUACUUUUUGGGAUAUUCUGUUUAUUGCCAAAAAAAACUAUGGUGAAGUGUGAUUUUUUUAAAAAGCCUGAAAUUAUAUAUGCCGAAGGAAUAUCUUAAGUCUUGUAUCUUUUUGCAUUAGUUCAAAUGUACUAAUCAUUAUACAUUAUUCUGAUUUAUGACAUUACAAUCCAUUUAAACCUGAAGAUACAUUUGAACUACUUGAUAAUUGUUUUAAAUUCAUUACAGACUUAAGAUUCAUUUUAGCAUUUAGGCUGUUUAAAAAUAUUAAUGACUCGUAGGAUACUUCCAUUUCUAUUAUAUUUUUCUUUUUUUUUUUUAAAAAACUUAGGAAAUUAUAUACUAAUGAAGAGUUCGUGGUUUACAUUAAUGAUUUUUUGUACUAAUUUUGGGCCCUUUCCAAUAUAAAUAUUAACUGACUUUUAACGUUAUUAAUUAUUCAAAAACAAUGUGGUUGAGUACAAAUUUAUUCUAAUUUCAGAUCCUUUUUCAGCACCGACGUUCCUUAAUAGUUCAUAUUUAUUUAAAACACUAUCAUUUAAAUACUUUUUUAUAAUCUUGUAGUCUGUUCCUUUGUCAUAACAUAACUUUCUGUUACUUUAGAUCCAUUAAAUAUGUUCGGUUCAAGAGUUGUUUCAAAAUUCAAUUUUUUAUAUCGUUAAAUGAAACAAAAAUUUCUAAAUGCACUAAUUUUCGCUGAUAUCAACCCAUUAGUUUGUUCUGCAUAUUGUAGUGGUUGGUGCUAGAUUGAAUUUGACAGAAACUUAGCGAAAUUAAUAAAAUUAAAGAUUUCUUAUAUAUUUUAUAUCGCUCUAAAAAUGUAAUAGAAAUUACUUUUUUUGUACUCUAAGCUUUAUAUUGAUUUAAUAUUUGUGUGAAUAAAGUUUUAGUUUACGAAAAUUUGAAUAUGUGGAAGUAUAUGGGGAAAAGGCAUCCGGGUAAUAGAUUUUUGAUUUUGAAAAUUUUGAUGUUUUUUCGCAUAAAUUUUUUUUUUUAAUUAUCGUGAUCUGUUUGGGAUAAAUGUAUUUCAAGUGUGGCCUUUUACCCUCUUUUAGAAAUGUUAUCUUAUUUUGAUAAUUUGUUAUAUAUAACCUGAUAAUUAUUAGUAUGGACUUUUGUUUUAUUAAGGUCAUUUUGAAAUAAAAAUAUCUGGAAUAAA